AUGACGGAAGUGUCCGGCUCGCCUCUGCUCAGCGUGGAUCGGCCGCGGUCCACGCGGUCCAGCAUCUCGAGCGAUGCGGCCCGGCGCAAGAUGAGUGCGCGGCCAAGACAGCCCCCUCUGGAUCCGACAGCCUGGUCGUCCUGGCUUCACUCUUACCAGCGCGGACUCUGGACCGACAGCUCCGGCGUCGAUAGCGAUACCGAGGCACCCUGCUCGCCUCUCGGCGACGCGGGAGCCUCGACCUCGUCCUGCACUUCUGUCAGCGGCAGCACCGAUGACCGGCCAAAGAUGUGCCCGCUCCAGGACCAGAUGGUCCGAUCCCACAACGGCAAUAUGCUCGACUCGUUCGAGUUCUUCAAGCGGAAUGGCUGGCUCGCUCCGCCGCAGCUGCCGCGCAAGCACCGGCACAAGUGCGGCCUGGCGCUGCGGCGGCACCACGUCACUGGCCCGCACGAGCGCGAGGCGCUCAACCUCUACGUCAAGCACACCAUGGCCGUCUUCAAGGUCGACUACGCCUCAUUCAUGAUUGCCAGUACAAACGAGUCGGAUAUGCUCAUCCUCGCGCAGGAGGGUGGCAAGGCCGACGUGCAGCGCAUCGACCGCGCCACGACCCUCUGCGCCCACGCCAUGCUGCUGUCCGAGGACGAGGUGCUGGUCGUCGCCGACACCAGCAAGGACUGGCGCUUCUCGGCCUGCCCCGCGACCAACGCUGGCACGCCCUGCAGCAAGCUGGGCCACUCGCUCCGCUUCUACGCAUCGGCGCCCCUCUACCUCUCCUACUCGUACGACGGCGUCGAGGGCAUGGUCCAGGCCGGACGGCUGUGCAUCAUGGCCAGGGAGCCGCGCCAAUUCAGCGAGGCAGAUGCCGACCUGCUGCUGUCCAUUUCUCGGAUGGCGAGCGACGCCAUGGAAAAGGAGCACCAGAUCCGGCGCAAUGCAAAGACGGCAGACAUGCAGCGGAGGUCGGCCAAGCUGGUGCGCGCCAUCGAGACGGUCAAGUCGUCAUCGGUGUCGCGAAGUCCGGCCUCGACCGACGCCGGCGGUGGCGACGACGACGCAGCCGCCUCAUCAAGCGCCGAGUCGUCCGGGGCCGAGGGCAUGCUGCGCUACUCGACGUCGGUCAUCGACAUCGCGUGCGACGAGCUGCGUGGGGCCCUCGGUGCCGUCGCGGUCGCCGCCAUCGACAUUUCCGGCCUGCGGAUCAAGCCGGCCGCGCAGGGCAGCGUGUCGCCGAGGACGUCGGCCUACCCUAUGACGCCAUGGCAGGUGCCCGACACGCGGCUGCUCGCGGCGCCGCUGACGCCGCCCUCGGAGCUCGGCGGCGCGACGACGGCUAUCCUCGAUGCCGUCGCAGGCCCCUCGACCUCUCCGACGAUGCGGCGGCAUCCCAUGCACCGCACGCGGAGCUCGGGCGUCGACGAGGUCGAGCCGAUGGUCAACGGCCCGCCAGUCCAGCUUCUCUGCCUAGGCGGCGACGCCAAGUACCGACCCGUGGUCAAGGGCCCCGCCCAGCUCCAGGCGCUGUGCGACUGGCUGGGCCGCCGCGUCCGCAACGACCGCCUCGAGAGCCGCGUCAAGGUCUACCGCACGCCACACGACACGACCCAGUCGGACGAGGACAGCGAGCCGCUCGACGCGCCGCCGCCGAGUUCAUCGAAUCCGCUCUCACCGCUGCUGCCGGGCGAGGUGCCGGUGCGCGAGUAUGCCGUGGCUGCUGCCUAUGACGUGCAGCAGGCGAGGCCGCUGCUCUGCUUCCUCGUUAUGUUCUCCGACGACGCCGCCCUCGAGGAGCCCGAACAGCUGUUUAUGGAGAGCUGCGUCGAGUACGCCGUCAGCAGCAUCAUCCGCCAAAAGGCGCGCGACAUUGACGGCAUCCAGGCCGAGUUCCUCCGCCACGUGCAGCACAACCUGCGCACCCCGCUGCACGGCGCCCUCGGCGCCGUCGAGUACCUGCGCAGCUUCAUCAUUGCGGGCGACAUUACCGAGGAGGAAGCGGCGCCCUCGAUCGACCUGCGGCCCGACGGCGUGCUGGCGACGCUGCUCGACUCGAUCUCGCUCAGCGGCACCACGCUCAACACGUACAUCGACGAUCUGCUCAGCUUCCAGAACUUGGCGGGCCUCACUGACGGCUCGCGCCGCCUGGCUAAGCCGGUCUCGACCGACAUUGUCAAGCUGGUCGAGACCGUCUGCAACGAGGAGUGGGAGCUGGCGCAGCGGCUCGAGAUGCAGUCGCAGCGGCUCGAGGUCGGCUCCGGCGGUUCCAACACCUCGCUGCAGCUCAUCAUCAAGGCCGACGACCGCGUCGCGGCCCACGAAUGGAUGGUCGACGCCAAGGCGCUCAGCCACGCCGUCCGCAAGGUGGCCUCUAACGCCAUCAAGUUCUCGCACCACGGCUACGUCGAGGUCUGCCUCCGCGCCGGCCGCCACGCGCCCGAUGCCGAGACCGGCGAGGUGCCCGUCGAGAUCGAGGUGCGCGACACGGGCAUCGGCAUGACGCGCGAGUUCUGCACCGAGCACCUCACCAAGCCCUUCACCAAGGGCGACUCGUUCCGCGACGGCAUCGGCCUCGGCAUGACGAUCGUGUCAUCGACGGUGCAAAACAUGGGCGGCAAGCUGUCGGUCGCCUCGGAGGUCAACGUCGGCACCCGGGUCACCAUGACGCUGCCCUUGGCCGUCGGCAACCCGAGGGCGGGCAACGGCGGCGUGGCUGACGGCGGCGCAGCCACGUCUCCGCAGCCGUUCGCCGUCAAGCGCAUCGCCUUCUUUGGCAUGGAGACGCGCGGCCUGCGUCGGCUGAGCAACAGCAUCUGCGAGUACCUGAUGCCCAACGGCGACCUGCAGCUGGUCUCGGACCCGCUCGAGGCCGACUGCAUCAUCCUGCCGGACUGCGCCAUCUCGCGCCUGGUCGAGGGCGACUCGCCGCUGCGCGACCGGCUGCGGCCCGACGCGCGCUUCGUCGUCGUCCAGCUCUCGCUCCGUGUGCGGCCCGAGGGCAUCGUCGCCUUCCAGGACCGCGCGGUGCUGCCGUUCCUGUCGCCGCACGGCCCCUCGGCGCUUGACCUGCUGGUGCGCUUCCUGCGCGAGGAGCACCCGGGCAUGAUCCGCGACGCCGCCCAUCGCCCGCUCCACGCCUACUACCAUCCGCGCUCCGCUUCGGUCGACGGGCCAAGCGACGCUACGCGUGUCAACGGCUCGGACGCCUCGGCCGUGUCUGACGCCGACUCGGCGUCCACGGUGGUCGCAGUCGAGGCGUCACUCAAGGGCGCCGUCGAGCCGUCGACGGACCCAGACGCAGCGCCUGCGGGCGACGAUGGCGAGGCCCACGUGGCCGCUGUCCAGUCGGAACCUUCGUCAGCGCCACCGGAGCAGCCCACGCCCAUCGACGAGGGCAGGGUCGAGGGCGGCGGCCACGACAGCGGCGACGAAUUCCGCGUACUGGUGGUCGAGGACAACCCGAUCAACAUGAAGCUGAUCGUGACGCUGCUCAAGCGGCUGCAGAUCCGGUACGAAGAGGCGCACGACGGCGCCGAGGCGGUGCUCAAGUUUAUCUCGUUCCGCCCCGCCGUGGUGCUGCUCGACAUUUCGCUUCCGAUACAGGACGGCUUCGAGGCGUGCACCCAGAUGCGCGCCCACAACCACCCGUCGCACAUUGUGGCCAUCACGGCGCUCAGCUCCGACGACGACCGGCAGCGCGGCAUCGAGACGUGCGGCAUGGACGCGUGGAUGACCAAACCCGUGUCGCCGCGGCUGCUGCGCCAGGACAUCAUUGCCUGGCAGCAGGCGUGGCUCGACAAGGCCAUCGCUGUCGCUGACCCGGCGUCGCGGCCGGCCGAGCCCGAGCCCGUGGCGGCCUAG